UCAAUCAAAAGCAGCCAUGUCAAGUGAAAAAAAAAGCUACGUGAACUAAUUGCAGUGAAGAAGGGGCCGUUAUUUCGAGAUAUACAGUGUUGAAGUCAGCGGAUUUGUUUAUAAAUGACAGUCGGCAUUGUAUCUAUUUUAGCCGCUGUUGAAGGUGGUCAGCAUUAUGUUUCUUUUAUGCGGGUAAUAACAUUAAUGGGACAGUUUGACAUCGAUGUCCUAAGAACGGAAUAAUCAAACUGAACCUGCUUCGCGUUUUUUAUGUGAGCCAGUAGUUUGUGCUGGAGAAAACGAGCCAAUGAUGUCAGGAAAGCAUUACAAGGGUCAAGAAGUCAGCUGCUGCAUUAAAUAUUUCAUAUUUGGAUUUAACAUAAUAUUUUGGUUGCUUGGAGUGGCUUUCCUUGGAAUUGGACUGUGGGCAUGGAGUGAGAAGGGAGUUCUCUCGAAUAUCUCCUCCAUCACAGAUCUGGGUGGAUUUGACCCAGUGUGGUUGUUUUUGGUGGUGGGAGGGGUGAUGUUCAUCCUGGGUUUUGCAGGCUGUAUCGGGGCCCUGAGGGAAAACACCUUACUGCUAAAAUUUUUUUCUGUGUUUCUGGGAAUAAUCUUCUUCCUGGAGCUGACUGCCGGUGUCCUGGCCUUUGUCUUCAAAGACUGGAUUAAAGAUCAGCUCAACUUUUUCAUCAACAACAACAUACGAGCCUACAGAGAUGACAUUGAUUUGCAGAACCUUAUCGACUUCACUCAGGAAUAUUGGGAAUGUUGUGGGGCGUUUGGAGCAGAUGACUGGAACCUUAACAUCUACUUCAAUUGCACAGACAGCAACCCCAGUCGAGAAAAAUGUGGUGUGCCCUUCUCUUGUUGCACCAAAGACCCAGCGGAGGAUGUUAUCAACACACAGUGUGGGUAUGAUGUUCGGGCAAAAUCGGAUGCAGAACAGAAGACAUACAUUCAUGUCAAAGGCUGUGUGCCGCAGUUUGAGAAAUGGCUACAGGACAACCUGACAAUAGUGGCUGGGAUCUUCAUAGGAGUCGCUCUGCUGCAGAUAUUUGGAAUAUGCCUUGCACAGAAUUUAGUCAGCGAUAUUGAAGCUGUGAGAGCCAGCUGGGUGCCGCCCCCCUCUUACGUCGUCCGCCGCCCCCCGUCCCACUCCAGCAAGAAAGCCUCGGCGUACUCCUGAGGGAGGCGCGCAUGUGCGCGUUCGUCUGUUUGUUCACAUGAAGUGGCAGCUAGUCGUUCAGACACUCAGGCCUACGCCAGCUUGAUGAAGGUAGCGGAUGAACACAAGAUGCCAAGUGCACUGGGUCGUGUGUGUGUUUGUGUGCACCAUAACCUUUUACCAUCUCUAAAUAGUGCUGUUUUUUCUAGAGUUUUGUGUGUAAAACACGUGUAAUACAUGUGAGGUUGCGUUAACAGACAAUUUUCCAUCAUUAGCUGAAUUUUAAAAUCAUUACAAAAAGCAUAAUUCAAAAGAUAACACUGUCAGAACACUGGCUAGGGAGUCACCAAUGUCCAGUGCGCUCCCUAAAAAUUCCCACAAUGCACCGUAAAACCGGUGAGCACACGUUCCCUUUAUGUCACAUAAACAAAUUCGUUUAUCGAGUUUAUCAGACUCGUGCCAAAACUGAUGUUUUAUUCAACAAAUCUCUUAGUUACAUCGUGUUAGCACUGUUAGUGAUGAUGAAAGCAUUCGUUAAUGUGCAGAAAUUGAGUUGCAAUGACGAGAUCACUGCUUUCAUGCGCUCAACACCGUGUCUGUGAUCGGCUACAAUGUUC